AUGUCGGUCACCAUGUCCAUCCAACAGAAGCAGCCCACGCAGGCCUGCCCGGUCUGUAACGGCCACUUCCCGCAGGUGGGCGUGUACAAGAUGUACAAGAACCUGCCCUACCACACCGACUGCCUUCGAUGCGCGGCCUGCAACUGCACCGUCGGCGGCAAGACCACCCCCUCGUCGAGUGGGAGGGCAGACGAGUGCAACCAACGCUGCACGAGGUGCAACAAGCCCCUCCUGAACGAGUGCCUCAUCGUCAACGACAGGCACUACCACCAGGGGUGCCACACGUGCCUGCGAUGCAACGUCGCCCUGAGCGAGGACAUGUUUGGAUUUGCCAAGAAGACGCCGAGCACGCGCAACCUGCGCGAUGGUUCGCAGGGCGCUGGAGGGAAUUUGGAGGCCGGGGCGCUGGCCUCAUCCGCUUCGGGCACGCCAAGGGCCGGGGGCGGCGGCCGCUUUAACCCCUCUACGUUCGCGCUCCUAUCCGCGGCCGAGCAGGGCCUGACCGCCGAGCUCACGCGGCUGCUGGCCAUGCGCGCCGGCACGGGCGGCGUGCUCGUGGUGCAGGUGAACGACCGCGACGAGUUCGGCCGCACUGCCCUCCACGUCGCCGCCCGCCAUGGGCACCUCGAUGCCGUAAAGCUGCUGGCAGAAACCCACGGGGCCGACCUCAACGCUAUCACGCUGCCUCACCCGGAAGGCCCACAGCAGCCGAGCGGGGCCGCGUCCAACGGCGGCGACGAUGAAGGUUCACUCGGCCGGAAGAGCCCGCUCCACAUGGCCCUCGAGGCCAAGCGAUUCGAGGUGGCGCACUACCUGCUGGCGAAGGGCGCCACGGCCGGGCUGAGCACCUGCGGAGCCAGGGCACCGCCGGCGGCAGGCGAGCCGAGUGCCGCUAUCGCACCGGUGGCAGCGCCUUCAACCACCGCCCUGCACCUGGCAGCAGCCAACUGCCCCACGGAGGGCGACGCCUCGACAAUCAAAACGUUCACAGAUAUGGUGGGCAUGAUAUUGAUGCUGCUUGGCGGUGCCAACCACCAGGACGCUUUGGGCAACACCGCACUCCACUACGCAGUGACACGCCAGUGCCUGGCUCUGGUGAAUCUCUUGAUCAAGCACCACGCCGACCCAAACAUCACAAACAACGAUGGGGACAGCAGCCUGCUACUUGCAAUCAAUCAGGGCAAGAGGGAGAUCAGCCUGGCUGUUCUCAACUCCUACGCCACGCAGACUACAUCGGCCACACCGUCGGAGGCCUCACCCUCCACGCCGGUCAAAGCCACUCCGCCGGUCGCAAAGGAGCCGGAGCUCAACCUCCAAAAGGGCUGGCUGAAGAAGAAGAUUCAGGCGUCGGACAGCAAGUUUCUCAAGAAGUGGCAGAGGCGUUUCGUGGAAGUCCGGCAGUCUUCGCUGGCCUACUACAAGAACCAGCAGCAGUCGGUUCCGAGCUUUGAGAUUGACCUGAAGCGGGCGACCAUCUUGGUGUCUUCCCCCUAUCACAAGGCCUUUGCCGGACUCUCGGAAACAGCCCCGGACCCCAGCCACCCGUUCGUCUUCGCGGUGAGAGCGGACACCAGGGACUCGAAGAGCCAUUCUGGUGAUGACUCGGACGCCAGCGCCAAAACGGGCAAGACCCUGUUCUUCUCCACGACGUCUGAGGGUACCACCAGCCCCGGCCCACACCAGCGCUCGUCGCUACCGAAACAGGAAUUGUUGCAAUGGGUGCAGUCCAUUAUGAGCAUCAAGAAGCAGGUGCAAGUGCAAGAGAGGAACUCGACCGACCCUCGGUACCCGGCGAAGGUGACAGCCGUGGUGAAGCGCGUGGCCAGGUAUUUCGAGGAUCACAUCGAGCAGCCGCGAGAGCAGCAACAACAGCCAGAGGCGACAGGCGACAAGGACGCUCUGGAUGACUCGCUCAGCGAACUCCAAGCGUACAACCCCAGCACCAGCGCUAGCGAGAGGGAAGAAGAGGCAGUGGAAGAUGGGGGCAAUACGGACGACCCCCAGGAGGGCGAGCGAAGGAGCAGUCUCGUGCCGCUGCACGUCCCCGACUUAUGGAACGCCACCAAGGCCGUCGACAGCGAGAUUGACGCCCUCGAGCUGGCGCUCCGCAAGAUGCUCGACACGAAGGACUCCUCGUUCGAUUUCGGGGCCAUCACGAAUCCCUACUCCAUCUUCCAGUUCAUGUUGGCGAAGCUCGAGCAGCUCCACAUGCCCCUCCUAACCUUCAAGCUGGAGUCAUCUUUUCUGACGAUUGCAGCUCUGGUCGAUCCGUCUGAGCGACUGGAGCAGUACCGGACUCUGCUGAGGACCAGCGUACCGUCGGACUGCUUCCAGAAGAUCCGCGCUCUGCUGCCGCUGAUGCGUCGGCUGGAGGCCCACCACGAGCGCAACGGCAUGACCUACGCCCGACUGGGCGACGUCUUCAUGUCAGUCUUCAUUCGCAGCCGAAUGGAGAAGUCGGCCGGUGAGACCACCAGGGAGAAGUACCUCGCCCGAACGCUGCACCGACUCUCGAGCCAGUUGGAAGACUUUGUGCGACACCAGGAGCGGCUGUUUGCCGAGAAGCCCGAGGAGGGCAAGGACUCGGUCACGGAGCAGCUCGAGGGCGAGUACGCCCACUUCCGUCGCCGCGUGGGAGCGCAGGGGCUGCUCUACCUGCUCGACCAGGAGGUCGAAGCGAUCCGGCUCAAGUGGGAGGAGGUGAAGGAGAUCGGCAAGGGCGAGAGCGGCAACCGUGCGCGCGAGUGGGAGAGGACCGUGCAGCUUGCGAGCGCCCUGGGCGAGGGCAUCCAGGCCGAAAUGGAGACCAACACCGAGAUGGUCGCUCGGAUGCACGUCGCCCUCAGCGAGUCCCAGCAGGCCAUCGAAGCCGUGCAGCCACACUGGGACACCAAGGCCUCAACCUCUCCUUGA